AUGGUUUCAAAGUGCAUUGAACUGUUAACGAGCGUGUUAUAUUUGGAACCAGCGGAUUCUGAAGACGCCAUUAACCUAUUAAAAGAUAUAUGCACUCCAUCAGAGGAAAGCAAGACAGGAGAUAUUUCACAGUACAAUAUUGAGUUUGGAUUGCUGACAAGUUUCACUAACAUCAGCCCCAUAGAACAGAAUUUUGUGUUUACUGAUAUAACUCAAUGGGAAAAGCUCCUUUCUUUGCAAUCAACAGAUGUCGAGUAUGCAGCUGCAUUAGAGAUAAUCUUAAAAUUGGCAUCUAUUUCAAUCCUCAAUAGGCAAAGUCUUGCACAAAAACCUGCGAUAAAGGCUUUUGUUAAAAACAGAUUGAAGGAUGACCAUUUGGAACCACACCUUGUACGGGCGUUCGAAGAAUUAUAUUACCAAAUAUUCAGUGUCCAAGCAGAUUCGGAAGAGAUGCGAUAUGUGUAUGAGGAGCAAUACCCAUACCGGUGGAAUCUAUUAUCACUCAUUUCGGAACACCUUAAUAAUCAGUGGGCUCAAACACAUUUGAUCUUCAAGAAUGCAUAUGUUACGUUCACCGAUCAAAAACUUCCUGAUAAAUUCACAAUUGAAACUAAUAUUGAACUUUUGGGCGUUACGUCAAAUCGUAUUUUGACAUUGGGUAGAGAUUUCUACAUUGGUAUUGAAAAUGAAUAUCUCUGUAUAUCAGAUGAUAGCUAUACCCUAGCUGUUUUCUCAGAGUAUGAUUUCAGAGAAGGAAUAGUCUAUAAACUUGCUAUACGUUACGAUCUUGGCUCAGUGUCACUUUUCGUAAACGGAGAUUUUGUUCAGAGCAUCACUCUCCACAAGCACAAAAUUAACAACGUGUCAGUUGUCGAAAUCGGAUCUGUUAUAUCGUACUUCAAACUCUAUCAGUUUUCGAUUAUAGAUGAUUGUCUAAGAGUACAAGAUGAUGAAAACGACCGAAACAAAUACCACUUGACAGAUAAACUGAAAAGACGGAGCUUGAUUUUGAAUGUCGAUAUUGACGAAAUUAUUAAUACCAGCUCCAAGGAUACAAAGGCUUUUGAGUUGGCAGAAAUUUCUAAUUCAUUCUCAACCGGAAAAUGCUUUUAUUACCAGACCAGCGAUAUCGUGGGAUUAUUUGAAAGCAUGAAUAUUUUAGAAACUUUGAUUCACCGACUUCUAAGGGAGGACAACUUAGAUAUAAUGAUUUUAAUUGUAAACCAUCUCAUAAAAUGCUUGAAGAAUACAGAGAUAGAAAGUAUAUUUUUGAAAUUUAAUGGAUAUUCGGUUUUAAACUAUAUCCUUAUGGCGAAGACUCAAGAAGGCUAUAAUAUACCAUUCUCUUUUCUCUAUGAAGAUGAUAGAAUUACAAGACUUUUGAGUGAUAUAUACAAUGCGGAUAACUUCCUGACAUAUGAAUCUCCAUUGAAAAUAGAAUUGAAUUUUCGUUUAACAGCACCAUCACGUCAUUUAAUCUCAGUUUUUGAUGGCCUAAAUGAAGUUGAAAGAGACUCAAAGCUCUCCAGAGAUAAUAUUCUAGCUUUACAGAGAACAAUAAUAUUUCAAUUAUAUUCAUUCUUCUCACAGAGUGAGUUAUCAUCCACCCUUGAAAGUAAUAACAGUUCCGUAAAUGUUCUCUUAGAGUGUUUUUUGAUCAAAAAUAUUCAUGAAAAUGGUACAAUAGUACAUUUGCAAUUCCCAUACUUCUGCUUAGUUACCGGAAACAUUGUACUAGCCAAAUUAUUGCUCCAAACUUUAGAAUCUACUUUUUCAUACUAUCAAGAAAAGGAUCAAGAUUUCUUGUGCAAGGAUAUCCCAAGGACUCUUUACAUUAAGGUCUUCCUAAUAUUACUCGAAGCUGGUAUCGAGCAUGUGGAUGUUAUAGAAACGGUAUAUGCAGUAUUACUUAAAUUCUUUGAAAAUCAAUCCCUGAUUUUCGAACAAUUUAUGGAUACGAAUGGAUAUACAUUAUUGCUUGGAAUCCUAUCAACAUACCAAAAAAGUACUCUUCAGUUGAUUGCAUGCAUUUUGAAAGCAAGUAAUAGAGAUCAAACAAAUAGUUUAGUGAUUGGAACGCGCAAAAUUAACUAUCCAUCUGAAGAUCGUCUAAGCAUAUUCUCUCAUUGUCUAAUUAUAAAUGUUUUAGAGCACUUUAUCUCAAAGGAUCCUUUCGAUAUCCAGGAUACUGUAGUGGCUUUUAUUGAUUAUUUAAAUGAUAUCAGAGAAGAAACUCCAGAUCAUAUGAUUUUUCAUGGAUCAAAUUACAGGCUAGUUAACCAGUUAAUGGAAUUACAAAUAAGCCUUGAAAUGACAAAUGCCGAAGAUUUGCUUCUAUCUGUAGGGAGUAAAAAUAAGUCACUAUUGGCAGAAAUCAUUGUACAUUUGAUGACCAAUAUGGAUUAUAAAUCAUUUGAGUCUCUUUUACGGGUUUUGGCAAAUGAUGUUAAUGGCAAAAAGGCUGGGGGCAGCACAAAGUACAGGAGAAUGGGAUUUAUAUUCAUGGUAUCACCAGAAAUUUUCAAAACACUACUCAAGUUCACAAGCAAAAUGGAUAUAGGUAUGGAUGCACUUUUGUCAUUUGGCAAAAAACUAAUCAUCCUUUUGUCCACGUGCUCUGUAUAUUGGAGAGUACAUGAUGCAAGUUGGGAUUCCAUAUUCGAUCUUCAUAGAAUUGUUGCAAUUACCAAAGAGCACAUAGUUACAUCACAUUUGAACAACGUAUAUGCUCAAAAACUUUUAAAGAAUUUAAAUGAAGCUCAUGAGGAAAUAGAUAAUUGGCUUUUUGCGUUCGCGGUUAACAAUCUGGAGUGCCUAGACAACAAACUUUUAGAGGAGUUCUUACAUUCUUUGUUAUAUUAUCAAGAAGUUUUGUUUAUUGAGAGACACAGGAAAACUGCGUUCAGCAAUGAAACGGUGGCUAAUCUUUUAGGUUUUUUAAAAGUCACCAUUCCAUCAUUUCAACCAAAUCUUCACUUUCUGGGACUAACUAUUUUUCGCGCUGUUUGCACUCUAAGGUUUAGUGACUUAGAGCUAAUUUCAAAGCUAUCUUCCAAAAAAGUGACACAAUGUUGCAAUUUCCUAAAUGAAUGUAUGAAAGAAGAUGAUGAAAAACUCUUGUCUAACCUACAGCUUUCUGAAAAUAGUGUACUCUUCGAAAAGAGUAUCAAUAGACUCCGUUACCUCUUUCAAGGAUCUGCCAUGGCUACCAAUGGAAGUCGGAGGAGUAGCAGGUCUCAAUUCAUCCAUGUAGUUUUCAAAGAGAAAACUGACCAUUAUAAAUGGGACGUGAAAGAGUUAUCAAGUAUCCAUUCGUUGUUCAAGAAGGAUAAUCUCAACCUAACGAAGAAUAUGUUUUUUAUUGAAGACAAAAGACUCCAAGAUUUUUUUGCUGAUCUGAAGUAUCAAGAUGACUUAGGAUACCAUUUAACUUUAAAAUUGAUAAGAAAAAGCUCAGCAGUAUCCUACUUAAGAAAUUUCCCCGUGCACAGAAAAUGGUUUGUUUCUGAAAGAGAGAAUGUAAAGCGCCAAAGGAAACAACUUCUUCCCAUUUUUGAACCUGAUCAGAAUAUUCCAACACUCGACGGAAAAUAUUGCUUACAACAGGAAGAAAAUGUUAGAUCUCAAUUCUCUGAUAUAUCUAACACGUUCUCUUCUUCGGAGGACCUCGGUUCAGAUUUCAAAAAAGAAGGUAUUAAAGACGUUAUCUUGGAUAAGAAUAGGGCGGUUCUACAGCUAUUAAAAAGCAGUGAAAAUAUAACCAACAUAUGGAAUACCACUAAGAUCAUGGGUCUUUCGAUUACCCCUGGAGUAAUUGUGCUAACAACAGCAUCAAUAUACUUUAUUCCGGGGUGUUAUUAUCACUUGGAAGAGAAAAAGGUUAUGGAUAUAGCGACAUUUCCAGGGCCCUUAAAAAAUUCUAUUGUUGAUGCAAUUUCUUCUGACCUUUUGUUAAAGCCAUCACAUAGCAACUCUGAGAAUAUCAGUCUAAAUUCAGAAUGGGAUAUUCAUACAUUAUAUUAUGUGAUAAAACGUCCAUUUUUACUUCGUGACACAGCAAUGGAGCUCUUUUUUGGUUACAAAAGCACCGUAAUGUUUAGCUUUGAAAGCCAACAAUUAAGAAACGAAGUAUUUUUAGUCCUAAGGAAAAUUGCCUCUAAAGAUUCCGGCUACUCUAUCUGGUCUUCUAUUUUGGAAGAGGUGAAUUUUAAAAGUAAUGUUUUAGGAAGGAAUAAUGGAAUAACUCACACCAGUGUGUCUGAUAAGUUAACAAACGCUUUGACAAUUCUAAGUAAACAACAUGUGCCGACAAGUAUGAUUGACUUAUGGAAUGAAGGCCUUUUAUCAAACUUCGACUACAUUAUGGCCAUAAACACAUUAGCAGGCAGAACAUGCAAUGAUCUGACACAGUAUCCAGUAUUUCCAUGGGUUAUUGCCGAUUACGAAAGCGACGAGAUUAAUCUAGAUGAUCCUGCUACAUAUAGAGACCUUUCAAAGCCAAUGGGCGCCCAGAAUGAACAAAGAAAGCAAGCAUUUAUAGAACGAUUUGAAGCCCUUAAAGGUCUUGAUGAUGAAUCUCCCCCUUUUCAUUAUGGAACACACUAUUCAUCAGCAAUGAUUGUGUCAUCCUACCUUGUUCGUCUAGAACCGUUUUCUUCGACGUACAAAACUCUUCAAGGUGGUCAAUGGGGCCCUCCGGAUAGGCUAUUUAACUCCAUAAGCAGGGCAUGGAAAUCGGCUUCUUCAGAGGCAUCUACAGAUGUUCGCGAAUUGAUCCCUGAAUUCUUUUACCUCCCUGACUUUCUUGAAAAUAAGAACGGUUACGAAUUCGGUGUAACUCAAACUGGCCAUGAAGUUUCCAAUGUUUCUCUUCCUCCUUGGGCGAAGAAUGAUCCUAAAAAGUUUAUUGAGAUCAAUAGACAGGCUCUAGAAAGUAAAUACGUAUCGGAGCACUUACAUGAAUGGAUAGAUUUGAUUUUUGGUUUCAAACAAAGGGGUUCCCCAGCAGUUGAGGCAGUAAAUGUUUUUAAUGCUUUAAGUUAUCCUGGGAAUGUGGAUAUUGAUAAGAUUGACAAUGAAAAUGAGCGUAAAGCAAUAACAGGCAUAAUAUACAACUUUGGUCAAACACCUUUACAGAUAUUUCAAAAUCCACAUCCUCAGCGAAAAGUCAAGAGCCAUUCAUCUGAUAUAGACAAGGGUCUAUUGGAAGUUUCAACAGCUAGUCCUUACACUGAAGACACCAAAAAAGCUAAACUUAGUGUUUUAAAAAUUCAUCAUAAAGGUUUUAAGAUUAAUGGCAAGGUUUUCAGACAAGGACAUUCGUCCCCUAUUAAUGUUCUAAAAACUAUCGAUGAUAAAUUGUUUGCAACUGGGGAUCAAAUCGGUUUAAUUAAAGUAUGGAGGAUUGAAGAUGACAGACUAAAUAGUAUGACAUCUUUGAGUGGUCACGAAACAGGAAUAAAGGCUAUCGAAAGUUCGUUACAGUAUGAUUUAUUGUUUUCUUUGGAUGCCGAUGGGGUUGCAAUUACUUGGGACCUGACAGAAGGGCGAGUAAUCAAUAAAUUUCCAACGCCGGCCAGGCUUAUAUCACUAUCACCAUCCACCGGAAAUCUUGCUAUUGUGGGAGAUAAAGGUAUAUCUGUGUACGACAUUAAUGCGUCGCUCUAUUGUCUAUGCGAUAUUUCUGAUCAAAUAACUGCCAUUAAAUUUAUAGAACACGAUAUGUUUUGGCCAUAUAGGUUCCAUGAGCAAGUGGACACCAUACUAGUUGCGAUGACUCAUAAGAUAGUAGUAUACUCCUUAAAGCUAGUGGGUUCAGAAUGGCAGCUACUCCCGGUCGAAACAUUAGAAUCUUCAAAGGUUGAUCAUAUUACGGAUAUAAACAUUAAAACUGGUAACUCUUUGGCUAACACGGAAGGAAAAGCAAAUAAAGUCGAGCUUGUUACUACUGAUAAGAACGGAAACAGAUGGCUAUGGACGUAG